AUGCUAUGGUAAAUUAAAUAACAUAUUCAAUUGCCAAAUUAUGGAUUUCGAUCUUCGUAUAUAUCAGAUAAUAUGUUUAUAUUUCACCCGAAUACUCAUGAAGAUGAUGUCCAUCUUCAGAUUUACAAGUUUAAUCCUUCUCAGCAAGAAUAUGAAGAAUUCUUCUCAGUUCCUAUUAAAGGAAAGAAAUAAUUUUGCUAUCAUUACUUUCCUUGUAUUUACAAUAAUUCAAAGUAUAUAUUUGUUACGAAAAAUGGAUGCUUUGUAAAUAUACUAACUAUCAUCCCUUCUACAAAUAAGAGCAGGUUUUAUUUUUAAUUGGAUUAAACUAUAGAAUUUGAGAAUAAAUAUAUUAAUGGAAUUUUGAGUGAUGAUGGAGAAUUUUUGAUAAUUUUGGAUGAAGAAUCAGAAUUAUUGCAAAUAAAAUAACUAUAAUAAUUUAUCUAAUCUAACUUUUUAUCAUGA